AUCACCAGUGGGUGACCUGUUUUCUACACCAGUGACUAUAAGAAACCCUUCUAGCCCCCUUCAAAGAGGGGUAAGACAUUUCCCAUCCAUUCAACAGAACAGAUAUUCAGUACUGUAUGUAUCCAUUUUCAAGGAACCACAAUGGUUAACAGUAGCCAUGUGUUCUUUAUCAUGAUCUUUUUCUUGAUUCAUUUCAUAGCACAUCUGUACUUAAUGCAUCUUCCUUUAUCGUGUUUUGGAGACAACGCUACUAUAGUGUCUGCUCUUCACACACCUUAGAGGUAGCAGUGAGAGCUAGGUAACAGGUUCAUCGUUGGUGUUAGGCUCUGCACCAGAGGCCACAGGGAUGACUAGCAACUUCUCCUCCUCCAGCGGGCGAAGAGACUUCUUUGAGGAGGCUUUGUUCAAGAACCUCGCAGUGGUUCUGUUUGGCCUUGUUAUUAACUAUAUCAAUGGGACCCUGUUGUACACCUUCUUCACCAACGUGACCUUCCACAGCGACUCCAGGUACAUCCUGUACAUGCAGCUGAUCAUCAAUGACAGCAUCAAGAUGUCUUUCAUUGUGCUCUUGCUUGUCAUGUCAUAUGUCCUCCCUUUCCUAAAUGUGUCCGUGUGUAUAAUUCUGAUUCUAAUAGGAAGCAACACUCAUAAGAACGCUCCUCUGAACUUGGCAAUCAUGUCUAUUGAACGCUUUGUAGCCAUCUGUCAUCCUUUACAGCACCCUCUGAUCUGCACAGUGAGUAGGACCUAUGCACUCAUCGCCUGUAUUUGGGUUGUAGGGGCCAUCCCCGGGUUCAUAGAUGUCAUUAUCGCCUUUGUCUUAAAGCCUUUGUCAUUUUUCUCUACCGGUAGGAUGUGCUAUCAUCAGAAUGUCUUUGACUCUGUUCACAAUUAUAACAACAACUAUGCCACCAAUAUCCUUUACAUGUGCUUUGUGUGGAUCACAUUGGUCUACACUUACUUCAGAGUGAUGCUUUCAGCCAAAGCUGCAACCUCAGAUCCAGUUUCAGCCAGAAAAGCACAGAUUACUAUACUACUGCAUGGGGUGCAGCUGCUACUCUGUAUGCUGUCCUACAUCACUCCUGUCAUGGACACUACCCUCAUCAUCCUCUUCCCCAACUUCCGCUCCAUCAUACUGUUCUGCAAUAACAUCAUAACUAACAUGUUACCCCAGCUGCUCAGCCCUCUCAUCUACGGUCUACGAGAUCAGAAGUUUAAGAAGCACAUGAAGGGUACUCUUCUUUGUAUGAAAACCAAUCCGGUGGUGAAACCUAACUGAAACCUAAAGCACUCAGGGCUUAUUCAGUGGGGUAAACCAGUGCAACAUGUAGAACAUUGCUACUAGACAUUUCUACUGCACUUACAUGAAUGUUGUCAGGUGCAGUGCUCCACUUGUUGCAUGAUACCUGCAGUUGAAAGAGCCAAUGGUGAAAUAAUGUAGUCUGAGUUUAAACGUGUGCAAUUAUUGCUAUACUGCACACCUAAGUAAUAAACCAUCUGCUCUAUAAUCUGGUAUUGCCCUUUAUCAAGCACAGCAGGUAAUGCUUAUUGCUUACAUACAGAACAUUUCAUUAAAUUGUGUUACUGAC